CCUAUGCAAACACCGGUCGGCAACAUCGCACGCUAGAUCUCAUCUGGUCUUUCUGGAGCAGAAAAUGCAGCAAUGGCCGUCUCGUGCCGGCGUGGACUGCCAUGUGCGGCCUGCCACCGCCGCCCUCGCGCCUCUGGCCCGGAGCCAUCGACGUCUGCCAAACGACUAAACGCGAUACGCAUGGCAGCCGACUAGAAGACCCAUACGCAAUCUUCUCUUGUGGCUGUACAAGACUUUGAUGUUUAUGCGGCUGCCUGGCCGUAUCUGUUUCGCUACCAUCUUCUGUCGGCAAGAGCAUUCGAGACAUAAGAGUGAAGCAAUCCCGGGGCCAUGAUUGCAUUCACCAGUCAGGCUCUACAACUCCCAGCUUCUUUCUUUCAUCGCGGCUUCGGGUCUGCCUACACAGCUACCGUGCUUUUUCCAUCAGAGAACUAAGAAAGCCACGAGGACCAUUUGAACCGACCAACAUUCGACCACCGACGCCAUGUCUUCAGACACUCAUCCCGCUCUGGAUGACCCGAACUACUUCGUCUUCUACCGCUACCAUCCGAGCCUAGCUGCGGCCAUCAUCUUCGCUAUCGUUUUCAGCAUCACAGUUGGCCUGCACGUUGUGCAAUGCAUCCGGUCGCGAACAUGGUAUCUCAUACCUUUCCUCAUCGGAGGUUUCUGUGAGAUCGUUGGCUAUAUCGGUCGAGCAAUCUCAUCACAGGACCAGUGGGCUCUUGGACCAUACAUCAUGCAGACGAUGACCUUACUGAUCGCACCGGCCUUCUGCGCUGCAUCCAUCUACAUGACACUCGGACGGAUCAUCCUCGCCACAAACGGAGAGCGCUUCUCGAUCGUCCGCAAGCAAUGGCUGACGAAAAUCUUCGUGACCGGCGACGUCAUUGCCAUCAUCGGACAGGGAGCCGGCGGUGGAAUCAUGUCCAGCGGCACGCUCUCCGCCAUGGAGACCGGCGAAAAGAUCGUUGUGGCUGGACUCUUCGUGCAGAUAUUUUUCUUUGGCUUCUUCAUGGUUGCCAGCAGCACAUUCUACUGGCGCAUGAACAAGGUCUCGACCACGAGCAGUUACAAUACCGGCCUACCGUGGAAGAGACACUGCUGGGCGCUGCUCGGAGUCAGCCUGGCCAUCUUCGUCAGAUCCGUCUUUCGAGUGAUCGAAUAUUUGCAGGGCAAUAACGGCUACCUGCUGAGAUACGAGGUCUACCUGUACGUCUUCGACGCAUGCCUGAUGCUGUUCGUUUUCGCAUUGUACAACGGGAUCCAUCCAAGCGAGAUCACCAGCAGUAUCGCCGAUUCGCACAAGCACGGACAUCAUCUUCUCAACCGCCAAUCAGUCUAGAGGUCAAGCUGUCUUCGCGUUGUACAAUGCGAUCCAUCCCAGCGAGAUCACUAGCAGGAUUUCCCGAUUCGGAUCAGACAGGACUCCCGCUGCUCAAUCGCCAACCAGUCUAGAGUUCCAACUCGCAUUGUUUCCGGCUUUGAAGACGAUCACAGAACUUCAUAGAUUAUAGAAAAUGUUCCAGGCUUUUCAUCACUUGUCGCAUGCGUCAUCUCUACAUUCGUCUUCAUCCCACGGCGAGAAAGCAAUUUGAAUCUUCG